AUGCUGACUCGUUUCAUUUAUUCUCGAUUGCAUCCGAAUCCAUUUUGGACAAAUGUAUUAUUCUAUGAAAAUGUCACUGACAAGGACUUUCUCGACCACAAUUGGCAAUUACGAAACACAUUAAAUGCUAAAACAAUUGUUAAUUUAUUAAAGAACUUUCCUGAUUUUUACUCUGACUUUCAACGAGCUCAGUCAAAAUCAACCAUGUCUGUGAAAUUGACACCUUAUAUAGCAUCCCUUAUUGAUUGGAAUAAUAUAUACAACUGUCCCAUACGAAAGCAAUUUUUACCUGUCCAUAGUACAGCUGAACCUGAUCAUCCAAUGCUAAAAUUAGACUCAUUACAUGAACAGCAGAACUCUCCUGUUCCGGGUCUUGUUCAUCGAUAUCCAGAUAGAGUACUCUUUUUGACUACCUCAAUAUGCCCAGUUUAUUGUCGAUUUUGCACACGAAGUUAUUCUGUCGGUUCGGAGACAGAGAUCAUCAAAAACAAAGCCAAGUUAAUUCCAAGCAAAUCACGUUUUGAAAAGAUCUAUGAUUAUAUUGAACAACAUGAUGAAAUCGAAGAUGUCGUUAUAAGUGGUGGUGAUACUUAUCUUCUUCCGUGGAAUGUUCUUUUGGAUUUGGGAAAGCGAUUACUUAAUAUUGAACAUGUUCGACGCAUACGAUGCGCCACAAAAGGCUUGUCAGUUAUGCCCAUGAAGAUUCUUAAUGAUAAAGAAUGGUUCGAUGCCAUAGUUUUGUUAAAUCAACUAGCACGUGCUCAGUCAAAGACAUUCGCCAUUCACACUCAUAUUAAUCAUCCAAAAGAGAUCACAUAUGUGACAAAAGCGGCUGCUGAUAAGUUAUAUAAAGCUAAUGUUCAUGUUCGUAAUCAGACUGUCCUAUUGCGCGGUAUCAAUGAUAAUUUCCACACAAUGCAUGAACUAAUAAAAUAUCUAUCGUACAUUAAUAUUCAACCCUAUUAUGUAUUUUUACAUGAUAUGGUAUAUGGAGGUGAAGAAUUUCGCACGACACUUGCAGCUGCUAUUGAUCUUGAAAAAGAACUUCGUGGUUCGAUAGCUGGCUUUAAUAUGCCUCAAUUCGCUGUCGAUAUGCCGGGUGGUGGAGGAAAGCGGCUAGUUUCCACAUUUGAAGCAUAUGAUCGUGAUACAGGUAUCAGCAUAUUUCAAUCAUCACGAAUCAUGGAAAGAAAAAGCGAUCGUGAUAAAUUAGGAUCAAAUUUAUACUUUUAUUUUGAUCCACUUCGAAGUGUGUCCAGCAAACACCAACAUAAAGAUGUAAGCGAAUUCAUUAACUUGGUUCAACAACUACUUGCUACUAUUCAGAAUCAUACUCCACAUGAAGAUGGCAAUUGA